UUACAGUUCUUUAGAUAUCAACCCCUUUUACUGUGUGAAUUAAUAUAUAUAAUUUAAUUUUUUUAUAUAUAUAUAUAUAUAUAUAUAUUUAUUUGUUUUAAUUAUUUUCUGUUAUUUCCAAAGCGACGUUCGUCCUUGGCAUUUUGGCCUGACGUGACCAAAAUAAGAAAAGCUAAUACCGAAUUGAAAACAAAGCAUAUUUAAAAAAUAAUAACAAAAAUACUAAAAAUACCAACAAAAUAGUGUCUCGUUGAUGCUAAAAUCAAUUAGGUUCUUAAGUUACUUGAAGCAGUCAGACGCAAUGCACCUGAUCCAGAGCAGAAACUGGUGUUUGGUGAAGUACGGCACAGUAAAGUGAUUUCUAAGCGCUUUUACACGUCCUUCAUGACGCUCCGGUCUCUGGUUGAUCCUCACGUCACCCGAGUGAAGUCUCAGUAACGACGAAGUGGGAAUCGUUUCUGUUGAAGCGCGUUGUUCAGUCGCUGCUGGCGUUUGUUAGAAGUGUUGCAACCUGUGUGACGCACGUUCAUAUCUCCUUCACAUCUCCUUCACAUCGUGUUCGUCAGCAGUUUGUAAAAAGCGUUUAAGAUCUGGUGCUCCAGCCAGCUCCGACCCGUUCUCCAUCGUCUCACAACAAAAGGAGAAAUGUUUGAUGACCCACUCAGCUUUUGGGUCAGAUAACAGCCCCGUGCUGCUGCUUCGUUGAGUUGAGUUGUGUUUUCAACCACAAGUGAAAGGAGAGGAAAGUGUCGAAGGAAGUGUUUUUCUGCCGGAUCACUCUGAUGUUAUCACUCUUCUUCUUCUUCACUCUUGGGUUCACACACAUGUGCUGCAUUUCACUCUGAUUAUGCCAUACGUGUGUGUGUGUGUGUGUGUGUGUGUGUGUGUGUGUGUGUGUGUGCAUUUAUCAGAGUUACAGAUCUAUAGAAGUGACAUCCGUGAACUGCUUCUCUUUGGCAGCGGAGCUCGUUUCAGGCUCUUUUCUCUUAAAAUCACUUCACCUUGCAGAUGAGAAGAUGAGCAGCAAGAGAUCGGUGUGCGUCUUGAUCUGCGUCUUCUGCUGUGCUUUGGGAAACGCCAAGCGCACCUUCAGCGUCCAAGAGCUGACGGUGACUCGGGAUGAUCUGGAGGACUGCGGGAAGCAGAAGGAGCUGUGUGUGACGUCCAGAGAAGACUGUCCCUCUGUGGCUUCGGACGGAGCUCCUCGGCUUCCCAGAACCCCUGAGCACUUCCUGAACACGUCGUGCCACUAUCUGAUCCACGACGAAUCGCUGACCUGCAGAUGGAUUCAGACUAAAGACGUCAGAUCAGAAACCAUCAGCAGCUUUAUUUUGAGCCGAGCCAACAUCCACCGCUGUCCUGCCAUUUUAAACAUACAUUCGACUUUCAAUUUAACCAUUAAAUCAAAGAGCGUCAUCGGCCAGAAAGAGCACUUCUCCGACGUCUACCCGCUGACCAUCGAGGAUAUAAUUCAGGCUCCUCGGCCUCUGAUCACGUCCCUAAACGCCACCGACUCGUCGGUCAGCCUCACAUGGAGCAGCGUGAACAUGUCUCUCAGUAUCACCAAAUGCAAGGUCCGUUACAAGCGUCUCGACGCCAAGUCAUGGACAGAGACAGCAGGUUUCCCGGCGUCUGUGGAGUCUCAGUUAGUAAUCGAGGGUCUGCAGGCCUUCAGUGAGUUUUCUCUGGGCGUCUCCUGCUGUCAUGGAUUCGGUCGAUGGAGCGACUGGAGUCACGAGACUCGAGUGAAGACCACCGAGAGCCCGCCGUCUGCUGCUGUUUCUCUGAGUUAUUACGUGGAUUCAGAUCAAAACUCCGGGACUCGGUGGCUGGUGCUUCUCUGGAAGGCUCUGGACGUCACACACUCUCAAGGACUCAUCCGAGGAUAUGAAGUGUCCUUCACACCCAUCAAACACCCCUCUCUGAAGAACACCGUCCACACCACUCACCUCAAGGUAGUUGUUCCGGUGCGGUCGGAGGAAUAUGAGGUGUGUGUUUGUGCCUAUAACAGCGCUGGACGUUCACCGGCCCGCCGGCUCACGCUCGACGCGUCUCAGACUCACGGUGUCCCGGCGGUGAAGAGCCUCUGGGUUUACUCUGACGGUUCUUCUCUGCGGAUCCGCUGGGAACACCGGUGUACCGCGCUAAACGUCAGCGAGUUCGCCAUCGAAUGGAGGCCCGCGAGCGACGGAGCGCUCAGACGCUGGGAACGAGUCGACGGAUCCACCUUCACAGUCCAGCUGCCAGGCGUGGAAGCGCAGCAGAGGUACAUCAUCAGCGUGUUCCCCGUCUCCGAGUCUCUCUGUGGACCGGCGGCCAGCAUCUCCGCGGAUCUCCAGCACGGCGCUCUGCUGGAUCUGGUGGGGUUUGGUGUGCUGAGUGUGUCGAGCUCGUCUGUGGAGCUGCGCUGGAGCUGGAAGGAGACCGAGCACUGCGAUAACGUGCUGCAGUACACACUGGUGCUGUACGGACCCAGUGAGACUCGGACUCUCACAGUGUUUCCUGACAAACAGCGGCACUCGUUCCUGCAGCUCCACCCAAACACCAGAUACUCCAUCCACAUACACGGAGAAACCUCAGACGGGACCUUCACCAAGACCAGUCUGGACUUCAGCACACUUCUGCUGGAUGGUGAUGAGACGAUGAGGUUUGUCAUUCCCUCGGUUCUCCUGCUGAUCUCGCUCGGGCUCUUCUCUGUUUUAUCAAGGACCCUGUGCAGGGGAUACUUCUUCCCCUUCAUCUCCAAUCCCAGGUACAGUCUGAUCGGACGCUGGCUUCUCAACCCACGACUUCAGCAGGGCAGUGGUAAGACGUGCGUGCUGAAGCUGGACGCUUCGUUCCUGACCGACCAGCAGAUGGAGAAGAGCGUCAUUCAGGUGGAGUCCGAGCCGGAGAUCUCUGAAGAUACAGCUCUGUGGAACGAGGAGGAGAGCGCCGGGACUCCCUCCGCUCCGCCCGAGUAUGUAGACGUACCGUUAUUACCAGACAGCUCCGCUUACGUUCAGACGGGGAACCUGCACUGAUCUGAAUCACUCUCACUCUAAACAUCAGCUCACUGUACAGGUCAAAUGAAGUAAGAUCUUGUGUCUUGUUUUCUUUAAAGAAAUCUGCCAAAGGGUUUAAGCAAAAACAAUCACGAUUUGAAUUAUUUUUUGUAUUAUUAAACAACAACAGACAACAGAUAUACUGAUAUAUAGAUAUACUAUG